GGCGGUACGGGCUAGCUCCUCUCUGUCGGCGAAGGUGCCGCGGAGAUGGGGAUCUCGUUCAAGCUGUCUAAGGUCGGCGUUCGCGUGCAACCGACCGCGCGCUCUGCCGCUCCGGAGCUACCGGCCGCGGCGGAGACGGAGAAGCCGGGCGCCGGUGAGAAGGAUGGUUCCAGACCGGAAGCCAAACGGGAGGAUGCUAUUGUCGAGAGAGCUAAUGAUGCGAAUGGCAUCAAGAUUUCACCAGCAUGCUCUAGGGCGAUUUUGCCAGAUCAUGAAGUUUCUUUCACUUUCAGUCUCUAUGAUAGAGGUUACCUCAUCGCCAAGUCAGCAGUGCUGGAUCCUUGCCAGCCCUCUGUUCAGGAUGGGAAAACACUGCAUCCAUAUGAUAGAGCGUCAGAAAAAUUGUUUUCUGCCAUUGAAGCUGGAAGGCUGCCUGGAGAUAUUCUUGAUGAGAUACCAAGCAAGUACUACAAUGGUUCAGUUAUCUGUGAGAUACGCGACUACCGAAAGCAUGCAUCCAAUCAAGUUCAUGCACCAUCUGCUGACUUAGGACUACCUGCUGUGAAUAAAGUGCAGCUUCAGAUGACAUUUGAAAAUGUUGUUAGGGACAUUAUGCUGCUAUCUGAUGAUUCAUGGAGUUACAGAGAUUUCAUGGAGGCAGAGUCACGGAUUGUCAAAGCUCUACAACCAGCACUUUGCUUAGACCCUACACCAAAGUUGGACCGACUUUGUCAGGAUCCUGUUCCUCAUAAGUUAAACCUUGGUGUUGGAAGAAAGAGGCGGUUGAGGCAAAAUCCUGACGUUGUUGUCACAUCCAGUUACAUGUCUCAUGGUAAAAAGGUGUGCAUUGAUAGGGUGUCUGAAAGUACCAAAACGGACGAGAUGGGUAUUGCAAGUAGCAAUAUUACUCACCAGGUCCUUGAUAACAUUACUUCGCAAAUUAUGUCAGGUGGCUCUCAACCACUUAGACCAAGUAGUUCACAGGAUGCAGCUAGAAUGUCAAUGGUGUCCCAUUCUGGUAUCCAGCAAAAUAUCAAUUAUAAUGCUGUUGGUAAUGAUCAUGGGGCAGGAGGUCCUGUCAGUUUUACUGGAGUCAAUUCAAGCACUUCAUCUCAGAACAUGAUGGCUUACAAUGACAAUGGCCUUCUAUCUGUGAAGAGGGAACUACAAGAAGCUCCACUGCAAGACCCUAAGAGAGUAAAACCAACAAUUAGCACUGAUGAUAUCCAGCAGCAGCAAGAGCGGCAGCAGAUACGGCCUCAAUCAGUUGCCCUUAGUGGGCAGGACAUGCAAUGGAAGAAGGGGAUGCAGUAUGCUUCAUUGAAUGGCCAGAGAUACCCCUCUCCAAUGGUGAACAAUAUGCAAGAUUCAGGGGCUUCCUUUUAUUUCAGAGAGCAGGGUUUGAGAUAUGGUGCUAAGCAAGAGCAGAUGGAUGGCAUGGAGAGAUGCAAAGACCCCUUGCAGGCUAUGCCCCCUGAAAAUACUGUGCUCGAUCAGCAGCAACCCCAUGCUCAACAUUUGUCACAGCAAGCAGCAGCUAGAAACAAUCUACAGAACAUGGCACAAUGGCAGAAUCCUCGGGGUCCAAGUGAGAAAGACAUGAAGAAAGAAGAAAUGCUUCAGAGAAGAAAGUUAGCUGCUGCCUCUCGUGUCUCUUCUGCACCAAUGGUUCAGUCUCCAGUAUCCUCUAAAUCUGGAGAGAUAUCAAGCAGUUCAAUGGGUGGCCAGUUUGGUUCUGCUGCGACAUCUGCUGCAAUUGGAUCACAUAAAGAUAAUAAGUUUGCCACGAGUUCUAGUGCUGCCGUAGGAUACCCGUCUGUGGUUUCCAGUCCUAGUGAUUCUAUGCACCGGAUGCAGCAGCCUUCGGUUGCUCCUUUGAAAAGGAAAAAUUCUGCCCCCAAGACUCAACCACUUGUAAGCAGUGCAGGGUCCCCAGCCAGUGUUUCAAACAUGCUUCCUAUACCGAAUGCUAGCAGCCCUUCUGUUGGGACAUCAAUGGCUGACCAAUCAAUUCUUGAGAAAUUUAGAAAUAUUGAGGCUAUAUCCAAUCGGCAUCAGCUGCACAAUAAGAAGAACAAAGUUGAUAAUUUAUCUAAUAAUAGGAAGUCCAUGAUAAAUGCAAGCCGAGAGAAAGUUGUUACACUUCUCUCCAAUUGCUUCCAUACUGAGGAUUACAAAGAUGAGUUGAGGCCUCUUUGUAAUUCUAUGUUGAAUGGAACAAUAAAUUCCUUUAGGACCAGAAUACUGAACUUUGUUGUCACCAACCGCUCAUACCAAGGUCCUACAAAGCCGUUCCGGAUCAUUUUCAAGGAUAAGCCUGAUGGGACAGUGGGAAUGCAAUAUGGAGACCCAGAAGAUUUCGACAAUUGGAACUCACAUGAGUGUACACUCAUAUUACCCACCAAGUACCAUGCCGACUUGCUUGCAACACAACUCAUUGCUCGGAUGGAGAAAGAAGGCUAUGAUAAGGCAGAUGAUCAAGUUGUGCCCAGCAACCCUCCUGGUAACCUCAGUGGACUAUCAGGCAUGUUACCAGACAAUACAGCCAAUGAAGUGAAACAAGAGGGAGGUACAACCCAGCAACUUAAUGCUGCAGCCCAUGCGAAUAUGGUAUCUGGAAGCCCUUUGCAACAACUUUCUGCCAAUAGGAUGCUUCCAUCUGGGAGUAGCAACCAGGCAGUACCAAUGCAGCAAGGGUAUAUGCAGGGUGCAACCAUGUCUGCAAGGAGUCAACAACUCGACCAAAGUUUGAUCCAGCAGCAACAACAGCAGCAGCCACAGCUGCAGCAGAAUGCACAAUCACAGCUUCAGCAACAAACAUCUCUUCCUCUCAACCAGAUGCAGAGACCCCAACUGCUACCAACAAGCCCAUUAUCUCAGAUGCUGGGGCCUGGCUCAAAUCUCCCAAUGGGCUCAAACCACAUGAGUAACACCAAGGCUACUACUCCUGCUUCCUUGCAGCUUCAUAUGAUGCAGCAAGCACAGCAGCAACAGCCAGUGCAGAUGUCAAGAAAAGUGAUGAUGGGGCCUGGCUCAUCUGUGAACAUGGGCAAUAUGGUUAAUAAUGUAGUAGGCCUCAGCGGUCUUGGAAAUAUUAUGGGAAUGGGCAAUGUGCGGCCAAUGUCCUCCCCGAUGGGAUCCAUGUCAGGCUUAGGGAACAGUCCCAGUCAGAUGAGCCUUGGAAUGGCAUCCAAUCUUGCCGCAGCUGGGCUUCGUCCAGGUAUGAACCCUGCUGCUAUUGCCAAGAUGCGGAUGGGAUUAGCUCAGCAACAAAGGGUGACCAGCCUUUACCCCCAGACUGGAAUGGUUGGAUUGCCUGGCAGUGGUUCACCAAUCCUUCCUAGUUCUGCCGGCUUGGCCAUGAUGGGCCAUCAUUCACUAAAUAGAAACAACCUUAAUCCCAUGCAGAGGGCCAUGAUGUCUCCAAUGGGCCCACCAAAGAUGCCAGUGGGUAUUUUUCAGAUGAAUGCCCAACAGCUGCAGCAGCAACAGCUGCAGCAGCAACAGCUGCAGCAGCAACAGCUGCAGCAGCAACUACAGCAGCAGCAACUCCAACAGAACCCCCAGCAGCAGCAGCUCCAGCAGCAGCAGCAGCAGCAGCAGCAGCAGCAGCAGCAGCAGCAGCAGCAGCAGCAGCAGCUCCAGCAGCAGCAGCAGCAGCAGCAGCAGCAGCAGCAGCUACAACAGCAACAGAUGCAACAGCUCCAGCAACAGCAUCAACAGCAGCAGCAGCAACAACAAAUGGGAUCCCCUUUGCAGCAGGCGGCACAAGUAGGUUCGCCUGCUGGUUCACAACAGUCAUUGGUGAUGCAGCAGCAGCAAAUAAGCCCGCAGCAAAUGGCUGCGAUGAGCCCACAAUUGAGCUCAGGGGCUCUGCAACAAGUGAAUAACAAUGUAGUCAAUCCUGUGGGGACGCCAGGCCCGCCUCAAAGUCCACAGUUGAGCUCACACUCACAGACCCAAGGUUCAGUCAGCAGCAUUGCAAACUCUCCAAUGGAACAGUUGCAAAGUGCCAAUAUGGGAGGUCCUGGUAGCAUGUAGUAGUAACUGCAAAUAUUUAAUCCAGCCCGUGGGGAUACGCAAUAAUGGAAAAUAUAAACAUUGACAAAGACGGCUACUGCUUUCUUGUUUGUUGUGGUAAUUGAGGUCAAAUUAGUUUUCCUGCAAGUUAUAACCGAUAGACGCAGUUGUUAUGCAGGAACCCUUUUUUCCGCCAGGAUUUGUGAUGUAGAUUGUUGUAGCUGAUGGAAAUAGUGCAUGUAGGAAGGAGCUCAGUACUAGGAGAUACAUUGUUCAGCCGAACUACAUUUUCUUGUUUAAAUUAGAGCUGUUAUAGAUGCGUAUAUCUGCUACAUAGCCGAUUGUGCUUGUUUACCUUUUUUUUUUACCAGGAAACAGUUGUGCCUAUGAAUAAGUAUGCCCAUUUCAUUGUGAAUAAGUUUGUCAUGUUUUAUCUUGGAA